AUGGGAAUGACGGAAAAGCAGACUGCGUUGGUGCAGGCGAUCCCUACCUCUACGUGCGAAGACGUUCCACGGUCGCUUGAGUUCACCAAGGAGGAACACUCGCAAGCGUUCUGGGAUGCGGUGCGACGACACUGGCCCUCCGUGGCCUGGGGAAUGUUUAUGAAUCUGGCCACCGUGCUCAAAGGCAUCGAUGGCGGCAUCGUGCGCAGUCUGGUCGGACUCGAUGUCUUUAAACAGACCUACGGAUACGAGCGCGAUGGGAAGUACCUCAUCGCCGCCCGCUGGCUGUCGGCUUUCAGCUACGCCACUCUCCUGGGCGCCGUCGUGGGAGCUCUGCUGUCCGGUCUCGCAUACGAUCGCUUCGGGCCCCGGGUGAUGAUCGCGGCCUGCUCGUGCCUGUCCAUUGCGUUCAUCUUCAUCCAGUUCUUCAGCCACACGCCCGCCCAGCUGUUCGUCGGCGAGCUGGUCAAUGGCUGCAUCAUCGCCUUCUAUCCGAUCUGCGCCUCGGCGUACGUCGGCGAGGUCACCCCGCUCGUGCUGCGCGGAUUCGUCGCCACUAUGACCAAUCUCGCCUUCUCCAUCGGCUCGCUCAUCGCCUCCGGGAUCCUCAAGGGCACUGCAUCGAUGGACAGCACGCUCUCGUACAAGAUCCCGAUCGCCACGCAGUGGGCCCUGCCGACGCUCAUGCUGGCUCUGAUCGGGUUCUGCCCCGAUCCGCCGUACUGGCUGUGCAAGAAGGGCCGAGAAGACGACGCGGCCACCUCCCUGCGGCGCCUCACAACCGCCCCGAAUGCGGAGAUCUACGUCAUGCAGAAACUGGCGCAUAUCCGCGAGACGCUGCGGCUGGAAGAGAGCUUCCAGGGCGACCGCCCCACGUACCGCGACUGUUUCCGCGGUCCCAAUCUCCGCCGGUUGGUGAUCUGCAUGAUGGCGUACAGCAUGCAGGCGUUCGUGGGCAAUGUGUUCUUCAUCAACUAUGCGGUACACUUCAUGGAACUGGCCGGGCUGGACUCUGCGCACGCCUUCUCGAUGAACAUCGGGCUCACGGCCAUCGGCCUCGUCGGCACCUGCAUCUCGUGGUUCCUGCUCUCGUACAUCGGGCGCCGGACCAUGUAUUUGUGCGGCUGUGCGUCGCUGGCCGUCCUCCAGCUGGCCAUUGGCGCGGUUGAUCUGGCGCCGCGGCAAACAGGCACGGUGUGGGCACAGUGUGGGCUCAUGCUGCUCUGCACGUUCGUCUACGACCUCACGCUGGGGCCGUUCUGCUACGUGCUGCUGGCGGAGGUCUCGUCAGCAAAAUUGCGCGGGAUGACCAUCGCCCUGGCGAAUGUGAGUUGCUACGUGUGGUCGGUGGUCUUCGCGGUGGUCAUUCCCUAUGCGAUGAACGAGGACGAAGGGAACUGGAAAGGGAAGCUGGGGUUCCUCUUCGCCGGGACGCCCUUUCUGUGUACCAUGUACUGUUAUCUGUGUCUACCAGAAACUCGCGGUCGGACGUUUGAGGAACUGGACAUCCUGUUUGAAAGAAAGGUUCCGAGUCGGAAGUUUUCUGCUUACAAGGUCACUAUAAACAUUGGAGGGAGAGAAUCCUAA